UAGAAAGCUUUCAGUUCAGUCAAUUACACUUACCUAGAAAGCUCUCUAGACUUACCCAGUUACCCUUGUAUGAGACUAUUUUCAUAUUGGCAAUAAAAAGUGUAGGCCGUUACGGGGCCGCUUUGUAUAAUGUUAUUUUUCCACGAGUCAAAUUACAAACCACUCCCCGCCGGCAUACAAAUUGAUAAGCUUUCUAUCACCAAUAGUCUGUGGUUCCACUGGUUCAGUUAUUCUGUGGUUCAGCUUCAGUCAAUUAAACUUUCCUGAUAGAAUCUUACAUGCCGCGAUAUAAUAUACUAGAUCAUGAUAAAAUAUAUUUUAUAUAUUAAUUUAUUUUGUUACUUUAUCAGGUAGUAGAUUAUAGUCUUGUACCUAGACAGUGUAUAGCACAACUAAAACUAGCAGGUUUAAUUUCAUAUUUUUAUUUUUCACUCAUAAUAUAUUACGGUACUACUUUUAGUACCUGCAUUGUGAUUAAAAUACUACGAUUUAACUUAAAUAUUCACUACGCUGACCUUAAGUCUACGACUUCGUGCAUCGAACAAAAUGGCAGAAUACAGAUAAGAUAAUAAUAAUUAAUAAUACUGUUGGCUAACUCUAAGCUGUCAAUAUUCAAUUAAAAUAACGUUAAUCGUGAUAAUUAAUAUCAAUAUAUUAUCAUAUUGAAUAGAAAUCAAUACAAUUGGUUCAUUUUAGUGCAAGAAAUUUAAAUUGAACAUACUUAUUGAAAUUCAAAAUGUUGAAAAAAAAUAUUAUUUUAAAUAAUCAAAUGCACCGACAGAUGUCUGAUUUUGUAACUCAAUAUAAUGAAAAUCAUAUACCCACCACACCGCUCCAAAAGCUAUUAUUAUCAAUCGGUUCUGCAACUGUUUCAUUGCUUGAUCCUCGAAGAGCAGAUAUGAUUGCCACUAUGGGAGAAACUACUGGAACACAUGCAUUGAAAUAUAUUAGAGAUAAAAUGAUUAAUAAUCCCGAAGGCAACGAAAUAUUACAGUUACAACCACGAAUUAACACAUCAACAGUUGAUCUUGGAAAGUUAAAAUAUAUGCCAGAAAAUACUCUCGGAUAUGCUUACUUUAAAUUUUUAGAUCAUAAUAAAGUAACUCCAGACUCUCGAGGAUCAGUACAAUUCAUUGAUGACAUUCAAUUGGCAUAUGUGAUGCAGAGAUACAGAGAAGUACAUGAUUUAUUUCACACUGUAUUGGGAAUGCCUACAAAUAUGUUAGGAGAAGUAACAGUAAAGUGGAUUGAAGCAUUUCAGACCAAGUUACCAAUGACUUUGACUGGAGGUCUUUUUGGAGCUGUACGACUUAAACCAAAGCAAAGAGAACAGUAUGUAAGACAUUAUUUACCAUGGGCUAUUCAAACUGGACUAAACAGUAAUUUUAUGCUAAACAUGUAUUUCGAAAAAAGAUGGGAACAACCAAUAGAAGAACUACAAAAAGAAUUAAAUAUAAAACCUUUAGAAAUAAUUGAUUUAAAAUAAAAAUUGUUGCUAUGUGCUGAAGUUGAGCCAUGGGAAUUUGUUCUGUUUUUGUUGAUUUUAUUGUAUUGGAAAUAAGUUGAAGUUUUAGAGACUCGUACUUGGACUAAAAUUUAAAAAAUGAUUCUAUAAUAAACUGAUAUUUAAUAUUGA